AUGCCUAUAGAAUAUGCAGUAUUACUCAAACACUGCCUCACAUCUGGCUAUUUAUUGUGGAAAGAAGAGUUCUACAUGCAAGUAGACGGAGUGGCAAUGGGCUCACCUGUAUCUCCCGUAGUCGCCGACAUAUUCAUGGAGGACCUUGAGGAGAAAGCCCUUCUUACUGCUCCUGUAAAUCCAAGAUUCUACAAGCGGUACGUAGACGAUACUUUCACAAUUUUACCAUCUGACAAAGUAACUGCAUUUUUAAACCACCUUAAUUCCAUAAACCCUAAAAUACAAUUCACAAUGGAGUUAGAGGCAAACAAUACUUUAGCUUUCCUAGAUGUUUUAGUCAUCCGAAAUCCUGAUAACACUAUUGGUCAUACUGUGUACAGAAAAAAUACACAGUUAGCUACCGUGGGAAAAUCUUUGUUUCAGAGAGCACGAGGGAUCUGUGACAGAAAACAUCUGGCCGCCGAGCUUCAGCACGUCGAGCAAGUACUGCAAGACAACAAGCUUCGGGUUUCGCGCCUACGUCACAGUGACCGAGUGAAGCCAGCCACAGUCGAGCGUGUGCCUGCUGUACUACCCUAUGUCAGAGGAGUCACAGACAAGGUUGGCUACAUCUUGAAGCGGGCUUCCAUUAAAACAUACUUCAAGCCGCUGAAGAAGAUUGGUCAAUUUUUACCAUCCGUCAAGUGUCAUAUCCCUCUACAAGAUGCAGGGGUUUACAAGCUGGAUUGUGAAUGUGGUCUCUCGUACAUAGGACAAACAAAAAGAUCUAUUAAAACCCACGUUAAAGAACAUAUAGCUGACGUGAAGCACCAACGUAUCGGGAAGUCUGCAGUUUGUGAACAUGUUCAAGAUCGUCCCCGCCAUUACAUUAGAUUUGAUAGACCACAAAUCCUCGCAAAAGAACACCGAUUCCUCCCAAGGAUGAUUCGCGAGGCUAUUGAAAUUAAAAAACAUCCUAAUUUCAAUAGAGAAGAUGGAUGGGUGCUGCCGUCUGCUUGGGAUCCCAUAAUUAAUAAAAUCAAAUCUAAACCCAAGUAUACCACUGCUAGACUUCAAGAUACUGUAAGCUCAUUCUGCGUAAAUCGGACCAAAAAUUAA